AUGCAAUCUGUCGUAUCGCGAACCAUGGUCGGUUCUCCUGCCCCUUCUCAGCGAGCUCCCCGCAAGACACCUUCGUUUCUAUCAUUACGACGCGAAAAGGACAAGACCCGCUCUCCAACUGAUUUCCCACAAAUUGAUACUUCUGUGGUCCCAUCAGUUUCAGAGGCAGAUUCGUAUUUCGACGUCUAUCCCAGACCUAAAACACACCCACAUUCCCGUCAAUACAAGCUCAGGCCGAAGGACCAUAGUAGAAAACCGAGUCGCAGCGACCCUGCGCUUCAAGAACAUGCGAGGGCGUAUAGUGGAUUUGGGGAAACUAGUACAUCCAAUUCUUUUGUCAAGCCAUGUUAUACAUUUCCAAUAUCUGAUACAGGUUACGACACAGCAUACAGCACGACGCCCACGACACCUAAAGCUCAACCACGCCCCCGGACGAGAACUGAUCCAUCAGCUUCGACAGCUGUACCAGCACUCAGAUUUUCUGGCUCGUCGUCUACCCAACACACGGAGACGCCGCCACAAACGCCCGUAGACUCUACUCCGUACGGAAGCUCAUUCGAAUAUCUCCCUGUUUUAGUUGCAGCGCCCGUAGCUGGUGUCGAAACGAUGGAUGCGUUGGUGGAUGGGAUGAAUGGGACUGGAGAUGUUCUCGGCGCUGCGAGUUUCAAUAGCCGAGCCAGGUUCGGCAUUCCCAAUCAUCACCCACUUUACCAGCCGCCUCUUCCUACACCACCACCCGGUGUGAUUUUAGGUGGUGCUAGCAAGACUCGCCGAACGCCAGUUAAGAAGCCACCCGCCAACCAGUCCAGUGAAGACGAAGAAACAUCGCCUAGAUCCCUGUCGAUUCCACGCCCGCGCCGGCGAAGACACAAACAUGGUGCUGGUUCACAGGGUGGAUCGGCUUCCACCAUUACCCUACCAUCCUCCUCCCCUACCACACCCAGCGAAGGCGAUACGCCUCCCCCUUCUCCAAUCCCCAUCCAAGAAAAGAUCCCAGUACCCCCAGCGCCUCCACCUCCACCUCCACCUUCUUCAUUUCCUUUCCCCAACGGCAAUAGACGUAAAAGUGUCGUCCCUUCAAUAUCUGACAUCAUUCGGACACAUGCUCCCCGAGAAGGGCAAGUUCGGUCUCGGCCUCCUACCCGUGGUUCCUCUAUACAUUCCCAGCAAAGUCAUCAACCACUUCGCGAAGAACCAGAGUCUGAGCCUGAUCCUCUUGCAGAGGAAGAAGUCGAUAUAGUUUCCCGGUCUUCAAUUGACAGUAUAGCUGAUGAGAUCAGACAAACCAUUCGAAACCAGCGUAACCUUAAACCUGCAUCUUCACCUGCGCCCGCCCUGCAGCGCUCACAAUCAUUCGCCAAACGACAUUCCUCCUACUCCGACACGUUGAGCAUUUCCUCCCCUCGCUCUGAACAUGCCGCGGCAUCUUCGGUUUACUCUUCGUCCGCCGCCUCAAGUAUUCCUUCCCAUCAGGUAUCCGAUAUUCCCUCGUUUUUAUCCAUCCCUCAACCCUCACCAUCGCAAGCCGUCGCCCAAUACCUCCGUUCGACACGAUUAACCACGCUGCUGCGGUUAACACGCUCCCCCCAUGCCUCACAAGAUCAACCGCUCACAGUAAGCCUCUCCGACCUCGGCAGCCAAAAUGGCAUUCCCAUCGUCGUGUUUCUGGGUCUGGGCUGUGUUCGCCAUAUCAUGGGACUGUAUGAUGAGAUGGCAGAAUGCUUAGGAUUGAGACUGAUCACAAUUGAUCGCUGGGGCCUAGGUCGCACGGAUCAAAGACCGAAGACUGCGAAAGGCAUCAUGCAAUGGGCGUCCAUCGUCGAAGAGGUCCUUGACUUGAUGCAUAUCGACAAAUGCAGUAUCAUGGCACAUUCCGCAGGCGCUCCUUACGCUCUCUCUUUCGCCAACAAGCUUCCGGACAGGAUCGUGGGCGAUAUUUGCUUGAUGGCCCCUUGGGUUGGAGGCAGUGAGGGAGGUGGCUACAAAUGGUUGAAGUACGUACCGAAUGGCAUCUUGAAGACCGCUCAAGCUGCGGAGUGGAAACUCCAAGCAUGGAUGAUAGGGAAACCCCCCUCUUUGUCGUAUCAAGGCAUUGGUUACACCGCUCAAUCAGCGCCUCCAACAUCCAAGGGUAGCAGGCCACCCACUAGAUCGGUCACCGCUCCCAAUACCAUAUAUCUUUCCUCUCCUGCCAACUCUCGCCCGAGUCUAGGUUCGAGUUCGUUUAGCGAAUAUGAUGACCUGGGGGAUUUUGACGGUAGAUUUGAGAGUAAAAGUACGCUGGGUGCUCAGGCUGGCGGCGAGAAGAAAUCGAAGAGGAAACCGUCGAAGGGCUUUCUUAAUAAGCUCAAGGGUAAUUCUCCCAGUCCGCAAACUCCUCCCGAUGACAAACCUCCGCUCGGAAAGAGGCUAAAGUCAUUGCGCUCAGUGGGAUCCUUGAAGAGCAAGCAAUCCUCGUCUCCUCGCCGAUCAGAGCCUUCGACACCGACCGUUCCGCUGCCUUUACCGACGGAAAUUGGUCUUGGUUUAGAUGAGAUUUACUGGCCGAAGGCUGGUAUGGAUACGUCAUUCCCGAACUCUGGUGGCCAAACCUCUUCUCCCGAUCAAUUUGGGAGGACAAAUGGGUACGAUGGUAUCUACUCACGUUCUGUCGGCCAACGAUCGAUAUCGUUCACUUCAUCACGCGGACCGACAUCCCUCCCCUCCUCCCCUACGCCCGACUCCACAUAUUCCCUAGUCAAUGGUAGCGGUAAUAGCUACCAGGCCGCUCUUGGGAAUGCAUUGAUCGCCGCAUCCCAUGCCGAAUCUGCAAAAGGCACCCAUAGCGACUUGUUGCAAAUCUUGAAUCAUGAGAACCACUCGUGGGGUUUCUCGUAUUCUUCUUAUCCCCACCAGGUCGGGAUAUGGUACGGUGAUAAGGACGAGAGGAUCGCAGAGAACGCCGUCAGAUGGAUGGAACGCAAUAUGGGCGACCGAUGCGUUGUCAAAGUUGUCAAGGGCGCAGACCAUGCUUUAAUGUACAAAAGCUCGGUCGUAGUGGAGAUUCUGGAACGAAUCAGAGGGCAGUGGUCGUAG